CAUGCUCGACUUGAGUCGACUGUGCGACGCGAUGAUCAGCGAUGAUUCCUGAUGCACGCACGUGGACCUCCACAUCGCUUUUCGAAAGCUGACUUUUGGAUUGUUCAUUAUUUAUAGGCGAUGAUGAAUCCCACAACAAGAAGGAUGAUCUCGUUUAGGUUGAUUCGCCCGUACAGCCAGUUGACGAACAACAAACCGGCUAACCUGAUCAGAAACGAAUUUCUCGAUUACUUCACGAAGGAUUUAAAGCACAGCUUUAUUCGUUCCAGCCCAGUCUCUCCGAUCACCGAUCAGUCCCUGGCGUUUAUUAAUGCUGGCAUGAAUCAAUUUAAAGGGAUUUUCUUAAAUUAUUACGAACCUCCUGUGACGAAGGUCGCGAAUUCACAGAAGUGUAUCAGAGUCGGUGGCAAGCACAACGAUCUAAGUGUCGUUGGCAACGAUAGCUAUCACCAUACCUUCUUCGAAAUGCUUGGCAACUGGUCCUUCGGAAAUUAUUUCAAGGAAGAUGCUUGCUCAUAUGCCUGGAAUUUGUUAACGAACAUAUAUGGCAUACCCAAAGAAUGUUUGUAUGUAACAUAUUUUGGUGGUAACGAGGAACUAGGCAUGAGUCCAGAUCUGGAGUGUAAGGAUAUUUGGUUGCGACUUGGUCUACCAGAGUGUAAAGUUUUACCUUUCGGUAUGCGAGACAACUUCUGGGAAAUGGGGGUGUCAGGCCCUUGUGGACCUUGUACAGAGAUACACGUUGACUAUAUGAAACGAUCAACUAAUCAAGCCGAACGAGUGAAUAAGGGAUUUGCCGAUCUUAUGGAGUUAUGGAAUAUAGUUUUUAUCCAAUAUGAAAGGCUUGCGAAUGGAUGUAUAGUACCUUUACCAAACCAUCAUGUUGAUACAGGCAUGGGACUUGAACGAUUAGUUACCUUACUGCAAGGGAAAACAUCAAAUUAUGAUACAGACCUCUUCCAGCCGUUGUUCAAUGAAAUACGAAAGCGCUCGAAUGCGCCAGAAUAUAAAGGAACGUUUGGUGAUGAUGAUACAGGCAAAAUUGACUACGGUUACAGAAUUCUAGCUGAUCACGCAAGAAUGAUUACUGUUGCAUUGGCUGAUAAUAUGUUACCUGAACAACAUCCAAAGUUGCGGAGAGUAUUGCGGAAUGCGAUAGACGUAGGGGAGAAAGUCUUCAGAAAAUCUGGCAUUAUUUCAGAACUUGCCUGCAAUGUAGCUGAUAACCUGGGUGUAGCUUAUCCAGAAUUGCAUACUAAUCUGAAACAGAUACAAAGGAUAAUAGAUUUUGAAGAAGAUUUGUUCAAGAGAUUACGGAAUACUUCUGGUAAAAUGUGGAGUAAGAUGAUUGAAACUCGUCCUGAAUUAACAGCAAUUACCGAUUGGAUGGCUCCUGGUCUAGUUGAUGGCUAUAAAGAUCUACAAUCCAUGUUGAAAGAAUUACGUAAAACUAACGUGUUGCCUGGAAGUGUUGCAUUUAAGCUGUACGAUACAUACGGUCUUAAUUUGGAAACUAUAGCGCAACUAGCGCAGAUUGAAUCUUUAUACUUUGAUGAAAAUGAUUUUGAGGAGCAGCUUAAUAAUCGUAGAUAUCAAUCAAGAAUUGGAUUAGACAAACAUAGUACUGUAAUUACUAAAGAGUCUUUGGGAAUACUUGAGAAAAAUCACGUACCUAAGACGGAUGAUUCAUUCAAGUACAAUUAUAUAUAUGACGGGAAUACCUAUGAAUUUCCAGCGCUUAACAGUAAACUCAUUGGCAUUAUUCUCAAUGGAGAAUUAGUUGCGAGUAAAAAUUAUUCCAAUAUUACAAGAGGAAAUAAUGCUGACGAUAAAAUACCCAUCAAUGAGCUAGUAAAUAGCACAGACGAGAUUGGAAUUAUAUUGGACAAAACUGUAUGUUAUUCAUUAGAAGGUGGCCAAGUUUCAGAUAAAGGAAACAUUCGUAUUAAAAAUCGACUUUUUAAUGUAUAUAAUGUCAGGAAAGUAAACGGCUAUGUGAUUCAUUCUGGACAUUUCGCCAAAACAGAUUUACCCGCAUCAGAGUUAUAUUUACAAAUAGAAGAUGAUUGCUUAGUCAACAUAGAACCGAAUAUUCGUGUUGGAGCAAUGAAACAUCAUACAGCAGCACAUUUAUUAAAUGCAGCUUUAAAGCAAGUUAUGCAAGUAAUUUAUCAACGUGGAUGUACAGUCGAUACGGAUAGUUUAAAAUUUCAGUUCAACUCGUUUGGCGAACAACUUACAUCAGGACAAAUGAGGACAAUAGAAGAUUGUAUUAACAAUGUCAUACAAUCUCAUACUGCAACGACUGUGCAAACUGUGAAUUCGCUCGAACUGUUAAAACAAAAUGUUACAUUGGUUCCAGGAGAGAUAUAUCCUUACACAGACAUUAGAAUCAUAGAAAUCAAUACUGACGACUUGAAAGCGAAGGAACCGUGCUGCGGUACACAUGUUCAUAAUACAGGUGUACUACAACACUUUUGUUUUUCAACAUAUACCUCAAAGGGAGUAACAAAACGCACUGUUAAGGCUGUUGUUGGUCCAGGAGCUUUACAUAUGAGACAAGCCGGUGAGAGAAUGUGUCAGAGAAUCGCCGAACUAAAAAACGUUUUACAAAGUGGCAAGCUCACAUAUGAGAUACUUAAUGCAGAAAUAAAUCGAAUAAAACAAGAGAUUAAUGAUCAGCACGUACAAGUACCAUUACCUUACUUGAUUAAAGAGAAAUGUUUGACGGAUCUGGAGAAUUUGAGCAAGACGAUAUGGCUGCGAGAGAAAGAAAUAGAAAAAGAUUCUAUAACUCGUGAAAUCACUAACGCCACGGAUUUGUCAUCUUGUUUUAUCGUGCACUGCCUGAAUAAGAAUCCCACAUAUUUAUCAUUGCAUGAAGUUGUAUCGCUCUUCUCUGGGAUGCCAAUAUUAAUUUUCUCUUGUACGAAUGGAUUUGUAAAGGCAAGAUGUUCCAUGCCACAGGAAAUGACCUCUAGUGCAUUUAACGCACAAACUUGGAUGGAUAUUGUACUUCAAAUCUUUAAUGCAGAGCACGGACCUAUCAAGGGAUUCAAACCCAUGUUAGUCGCAAAUAUGAAAUCUACAAAAAUAUCACAGGAUUUUCAGAUACGUAUGGAAAAAGCAAUUACAGAGGCUACCAAGUUUGCGUCCACUCAUGUAAAGAAAGUUGAGCUCGCUAAUAACAAGACUCUGUAAAUGACUUAUUUCGUAUUUUAUCUCUUCAUCCUCUUUCUAUUCGAAUUGACAUAUUUGUAAUUUAACGUAGUACCUAAAUAAAUCAGCCUUUAUUUA